AUGGGCCGGUUGCCACCAACGACGCUUUUGGCGCCUGCCAGCAUCACCAAGCCUCAUGAUCAGGAGUCCCUUGCUGAAGAAGACGGUGAAGAAGAAAAGGGGCCAAGCUUGGACUUCGUGUUCUUCGGCAUUGAUUUGAAACCUUUUUUGCCAGCACACUGUGCACUGUCAACGACUCUCGGAGCCAUUUGCAUGCUGCUUGUGCAAGUUCCAAUUCUGAGCAGAACUACGUCCAUGUCGCAGACGGCGCUGACCGCCUUUUUCUUGGUGCUCUAUAGCGUCACGCUGCUGUGCUUGGUAUACUGCACUUUUGCCGACCCCGGGCAAACCAAGGAGGAGACGAUGCCCAGGCGGGCGCAUAAGUGCUGGCAGUACCCUAGGCCGAUUCGUCGCUAUGACCACUACUGCAAGUGGCUCCACAAUGUGAUCGGACUUCUGAACCACCGGGAGUUCAUGGUGAUGCUUAUUGGCUUGAGCCUGAUUUCCGUGCUCGGCACCGUGAUCGACGUGUAUCUUGCCAUCCAGUUCGCUGAGAGGGGCACUUUGCAGAGCGAGAUCAUCGUCCUGGUGCAUUUGGCCUAUUCGAUUGCUCUCCUGGCCUUUGUUGGGCCCAUCAUCCGGAUCCACGUGGGGUUGAUUUCGAGGAACGAGACCGGGCAGGAGUGGAAAAAGAAUGAGAAUUACGUGGCAAACAACACAAGCCUCGGGGACAACGUUCCGGUGGAGCAGUUGGAUGAUGAUGAGUACAACGAGCUCUUCGACGCAGGUCUCUUUGUUUAUGAUCGGACAAAGAACUCUUUUGACGAGGGGACCGCAUCAAACUGCUUCAAAUUCUGGUGCAUGGCUCGUUGGCCAGCAGACGAAAAGGGAGAAUGGUGA